AUGCUGAUUCCCGGCGUCCUGCUCCUUUUUUUGAUGCCGCUGUCGGCAACGGGAACGGCACAGCUCUGCGGCAGCGGCAGCAACUACACCACCAACAGCACCUACCAGUCGAACCUCGCCGCCCUUGCCGCCACCCUCCCCACUAAUGCCUCCUCCUCCCCUCAGCAAUUUGCCGCCGCAACCGCUGGCCAAGCACCCGAUGCCGUGCAGGCACUCACGCUCUGCCGCGGCGACUUCGCCAACGACACGGCAUGUGCGGACUGUGUUGCCGCCUCAUUCCAGCACGCACAGCAGACAUGCCCCAACGACGAGGCCGCCACCGUCUACUACGACUAUGACGACGUAAACAAUCAGAGGCCAGGCUGCGUCCUCGGCUUCUCUGGCGACAGCGAUUUCCUCAGCCCCGCGGCCGGUCUCACCGAGAACGGCACGCUCUUCGAGGCAUGGAAUCCGGGGAACAUCUCCGCGGACGCCACCAUCACCGCCGCAGACGUCCACAAGCUGCUGACUGUGACAGCCCAGGACUCGGCCGCCGAGGCGGCGAGGCGGUACUCCACAGCGGUCAUGGAUGCCGUGCCGACGCUCUACUCCCUGGCGCAGUGCACGCCGGACCUCUCUGCGGGAGACUGCCUGGCAUGUCUCCAGCGGCUCAUCGGCAUGGUCAACGCCACCACGUCCAUGCGCCAGGGAGGACGGAUAUUCGUCCUGCGCUGCAACAUCAGGUUCGAGACGUUUAUGUUCUUCGACCAACCUAUGCGGCGGAUCAAUCCAUCCUCCAUCACUCGGGCUCCUCCAACAGGAAUCAAAGCAUGGAUAAUUGCAAUAUGUCUGGCUUCUGCUGUGGCACUAGCUGCUUUCUGCUUCAUGGUUUAUUGUCGUUGCCUCAGAGGAAGGAUCAGAAAACGUUCAGUGAGAUUGCGAGAAAGGCGUACUAUUAAGUUGCACGGAGGGGAUCAUGAACUAGUAUGGGAUAUGGAAACAGGAAUGUUAUCAGGGUUUUCGUUUUUUGAGUUUGAUCAGAUACAGGAGGCCACGGGUAACUUUUCUGAAGAAAAUAAACUUGGAGAAGGUGGAUUUGGCCGAGUAUACAAGGGACAUUUUCUUCAGGGAAUGGAGAUAGCAGUUAAGAGGCUUGCUUCACAUUCAGGACAAGGUUUGGCGGAGUUCAAAAAUGAAGUUCAGCUCAUAGCCAAGCUUCAACAUAGGAAUUUGGUGAGACUGCUGGGAUGUUGCUCUCAAGGAGAGGAAAAGAUACUGGUCUAUGAAUACAUGCCGAACAAAAGCUUGGACUUCUUCAUAUUUGAUGAACGCAGAAAAGCUUUAAUGGAUUGGAACAGACGUCUAUCAAUAAUUGAAGGAAUAGCAGAAGGCCUUCUUUAUCUACAUAAGCACUCUCGUCUGCGUGUUAUACAUCGAGAUCUUAAGCCAAGCAACAUUCUCUUGGACAAUGAAAUGAAUCCUAAAAUUUCGGAUUUUGGACUAGCAAAAAUAUUCAGCCCAAAUAACAACGAGGAAAACAGUACGAGAAGAGUAGUUGGUACAUAUGGUUACAUGGCUCCCGAGUAUGCUUCUGAAGGCCUAUUCUCUAUCAAAUCCGAUGUAUUCAGCUUUGGUGUUUUAGUUCUCGAGAUCCUUAGUGGGAAAAGGAAUUCCGGUAGCCAUCAAUGUGGUGAUUUCAUCAAUCUCCUCGGAUAUGCUUGGCAGUUAUGGGAAGACAGAAGAUGGAUUGAUAUCGUUGAUGCAUCACUUAAUUCAUUUCUUCCAAAGACUCACCCAACAGAAAUUAUGAGGUGCAUUAACAUUGCACUACUAUGUGUACAAGAGAAUGCAGUAGAUCGACCAAACAUGUUGGAUGUUACUGCAAUGCUAAGCAGCAAGACAAUGAUCCUACGUGAGCCUAAGCACCCACCGUAUUUCAAUCUAAGGGUUGGCAAUGAAGAGGAUACUUCUGCUACACAAUCGUGCAGUAUCAAUGGUGUUACGCUAUCUAUAGCAACUGCUCGAUAG